CGCGGCAGCCCUGCCGUCUGGCAGUAGCCCGGGAGAGACAUGCUGUUUUGUUUAAAUCCUCCACAUUCUUUGCCAUUUCCCCAUUGGCCGGAUGGGGCUACCCUCCCCGCCGAGGCCGCUGCUGAUGUCAGCUUCGCUCGCGCUCGCUCCUCCCGCACCCACCUCCCCGGCCCGAGGCACACUGCAGCUCGGCGCCGACUCUCCGGCCCCGGCGAGGUGGCUGCAAACUCUCGGGCACGCACGGCGCUCGGGGAUCCGGACUCGGGGGAGGGGACGCGCACGGAAGGCGCCAGCUUCCUCCCGCCCGCCCCUCGCAGCCGCGAGCCGAGGUCGGAGGAACCCGGAGCCCCAGCCCGGCAGAGCUGAGCGGCGGCGGCGGCGGCUUCCCUUUUCUCCCCCAGCGAGCCCUGAAGCGCCUCGGGGACCGGCCCUAAAAAGAGCAGGAAAUCUUGUUUACCGCCCGGGGAGCACAGCCGAUCGAGCCUUUGUCUGGAAAGUCAGCAUCUCUGGCUCCGUCUGCAAUGUGUGCCUGGUGACAUUAGCCUUGGGCAGACCGGCCGGAAAAGGGGGGUCGCCAGGUUCAGAUCUGGUUUCAGAGGCGAAUCGAGCGGGUGACUUUUGUGCAUUCGUUUUAAUUUUUGGAAAUAUCUCUUUUUUUUCCUCCCUCGCCCGCUGCCGGGCAUGUCCUGAUCUGGCGCCCGCUACUACUGCCCCGGGCUGCCGAUCAGAGCGGUUUCCAGCGGUUCUCCCUCCCUCCCUGCCUGACUUUGCAACACCGCGUUCCAGGCGGAUCGACCUCGGCGAGGAAGGAGGCGGGGGAGCCGCGAACACCAGGACCCAAGCCUUGACAUGCUCUCGGGCGGAGAGGAGGAAGCCAGGACCUGAGCGCACCUACGGGGCUGCUUCGCCGCCCGGCUCCGAGCACGGGGCUCCGGGCGCGUUGCCCUGCUCCUGGGCGGCAGCCUUGUUGGUCUGGGGGAGCCCCCCUCUUCCCGCCUCGGGGGUCCGCGGCCGGCAGGACCAUGCUGCUGAAGGAGUACCGGAUCUGCAUGCCGCUCACCGUAGCCGAGUACAAAAUCGGACAGCUGUACAUGAUCAGCAAGCACAGCCACGAACAGAGCGACCGAGGAGAAGGGGUGGAGGUCGUCCAGAACGAGCCCUUCGAGGACCCUCACCAUGGGAAUGGGCAGUUCACGGAGAAACGCGUGUAUCUCAACAGCAAACUGCCUAGUUGGGCUAGAGCUGUUGUUCCCAAGAUAUUUUAUGUUACAGAGAAGGCGUGGAACUAUUAUCCCUACACGAUUACAGAAUACACAUGUUCCUUUCUGCCAAAAUUCUCCAUUCAUAUAGAAACCAAGUAUGAGGACAACAAAGGAAGCAACAACAGCAUUUUUGACAAUGAAGCCAAAGAUCUGGAGAGGGAAGUCUGCUUUAUCGAUAUUGCCUGCGAUGAAAUUCCAGAACGUUACUACAAAGAAUCUGAGGAUCCUAAACACUUCAAGUCAGAGAAGACAGGACGGGGCCAGUUAAGGGAAGGCUGGAGAGAUAGUCAUCAGCCCAUCAUGUGUUCCUACAAGCUGGUGACUGUGAAGUUCGAGGUCUGGGGGCUUCAGACCAGAGUGGAACAAUUUGUACACAAGGUGGUCCGAGAUAUUCUUCUGAUUGGACAUAGACAGGCUUUUGCAUGGGUUGAUGAGUGGUAUGAUAUGACAAUGGAUGAUGUUCGGGAAUACGAGAAAAACAUGCAUGAACAAACCAACAUAAAAGUUUGCAAUCAGCAUUCCUCCACUGUGGAUGACAUAGAGAGCCAGGCCCAAACAAGUACAUGACAAUGGAUGAAGUCCGAGAAUUUGAACGAGCCACUCAGGAAGCCACCAACAAGAAAAUUGGCGUUUUCCCACCUGCCAUUUCUAUCUCCGGCAUUCCCCUGCUGCCUUCCUCAGUCCGCAGUGCCCCUUCC